AUGCACCUUUGGCCAGGUGGAGUGGUUCCAUACGAGAUCGCUUCGCAUUAUGAUCCCUGGGAAAGGAGCGUUAUUCUGUCGGCUAUGGCCGAAUUCCCUAAGCAUACCUGUAUUUCGUUCCGUCCUCGUAACGCCGGUGAUCGGUACUACUUGUCGAUUAACAAGUACUACAACCUUGAGAGGUGCUUCUCCUAUAUCGGCCGUCAAACGACGAACCUUUUCCGCACUCCGGAAGGGAAUGUCGAGACACGAAUGAGACUCGACCCGAGCUGCCUCAAGUUCAACGGUCGGGGUACGGUAAUGCACGAGCUGAUGCACAUCAUCGGCUUCUACCACGAGCAUCAAAGGGACGAUCGUGACCCCCGGAUCGCCGGCAACCCCUCGCAUUACAACUUCAAGAUAUAUCCACGAUGGUCGACGUACUACAUGGGAAGAUACGAUCCCACCUCGAUCAUGCACUAUAAUUUCCCCGGAAUCGUCUACCCACGUACGUACUUCAGUGUCAGCGACGUUCUGCGUAUAAACACCUUGUACCGCUGCCCAAAGGCGUCUACCCUUCCGGCGGAAACGACGUCUACAACAAGGACCACAAGCCGA